AUGGCAGAUUUGUACAUGUCAAAGCAGUAUUCUGAAGGCAGACCUUCUUACCCACAACAGCUCUUUGAUUUCAUUGCAUCGAAGACACUUUCGCACGAUCUUGCGUGGGAUGUUGGAACCGGUAAUGGCCAAUCCGCUCGAUCACUAGCAAAUAUCUACAAGAAUGUUAUAGCCACGGAUAAAAGCCCGAGGCAGCUCGAAUUCGCAACCAAACUACCGAACAUAACUUACAAAUGUACCUCACCGUGCAUGUCCAUAUCCGAACUCCAAGAAAAAAUCGGCCCGGAAUCGAGCGUCGACCUAGUCACCAUAGCCCAAGCCAUGCACUGGUUCGACCUCCCGAAAUUCUACCAGCAGGUUAAAUGGGCCCUCAAAAAGCCAGAUGGGGUCAUAGCCGCAUGGUGCUACACGUCUCCCGAGGUCAACCCUGGAGUUGACUCGCUGUUCGACAGAUUCUACAAUGUGGACGCGGUCCCGUACUUUGAGAUGCCUCCACGUAGGAUGGUGGACGAGAGGUACGAGACCAUUGACUUCCCAUUCGUGCCGGUUAAUGGGCUUGAGCAUAACGGGCCCUUCAGGUUCGAUUCGGAGAAAGUGAUGGAUUUGAAGGGGUACUUCACGUACCUCAAAUCAUGGUCCGCUUAUCAAGCAGCUAAAGAGAAAGGUGUGGAGCUGUUGAGUGAUGAAGUUGUCGAGGGUUUCACUAAGGCAUGGAAUGAAGACGGGAAAAUCGAGAAGGUUGUCAAGUUUCCUAUCUAUAUGAGGAUCGGGAAAGUCGGGCCGUAG